AUGGCCGUCCCGGAUUCACCUUUCCGCGUCGUCGUCGUCGGCGCCGGUAUCUCAGGCCUCGUGGCAUCGCACUGCCUCCAGAAGGCGGGCGUUGACCAUGUCGUCCUCGAGAGGCGCGACGAGGUAGCGCCGUUCGAGGGCGCCAGUAUCAGCAUCUACCCCCAGGUCGUGCGCGUCCUUCACCAGAUCGGCUGUCUAGAGCCACUUCUGAAGAUCGGUGUGCCUCACGAGUGGGGGCAUAUCCGGCGCCCCGACGGCACGCUCGCCGGCAGUCUCGAUCUGUUUCGUCGCCUGGCAAAGAAUCAUGGCCACGACCUGCUACCCAUGGAGCGGAGGGAGUUUUUGCGCGUCCUGCACGAGGGGCUCCCUGACAAAACCUUCAUACGAACGGGCUGCAAGAUCACCGACAUUCGCGAGUUCAGCGACAGAGUCGAAGUCACCAUGGGCGACGGGACAGUCGAGAAGGGGGACAUGGUGCUGGGCUGUGACGGCGUGUACAGUUACGUGCGGCGCCUCAUGUGGGACCAUGCCAACAAGGUACACCCGGGAUUGAUCCCAAAGCAAGAGCAGGAGGCCGGUUUCGCGGUAGAGUGGAAAUGCCUGAUCGGUGUGGGCCCACCCGCGCCGUCACUGGGCGCGGCCGACCUGACGUUUGUCCACGAGAAUAGGUUCUCCUUUGUCCUGCUGGCCCAGCCGCAUUGCACCUUCUUCUUCGUCUUGUUCCUCCUCGACAAGCCUCUGCGGUCGACUAGCCGAGUGCGCUACACGGAUCAGGAAGCGGAGGCCUUGGCCGCGAGCAUCGCAGACCACCCCCUGACCGACUCGCUCAAAUUCAGCGAACUGUGGGACAACCGCACACGCGGGGCGCUCAUAUCGCUAGAGGAGGGCGUCCUGGAGCACUGGCAUCACGGCCGGAUCGUCCUGGCGGGUGACGCAGUCCACAAGGCGACCCCUAACAUCGCCCUGGGCGGAAACACGGCCAUGGAGGACAUUGUCGUUCUCUGCAAUCAGCUUCACGCGCUUCUAGGAGAGCACGGCGGCACGCGACCUAGCGCCGCGGCCUUGGAUUCCCUGUUCGCGACGUACCAAGAGGAGAGAAAGGAACGUGCCAAGUACAUCGUGAGCUUGUCGGGCCUGGCGAGCAGAGUGCAGGCGGGGGCCUCCACGCUGCACAAGGUGGCCGGAUGGCUGAUGCCCAAGCUGCCCGUCGCGCCGGUGGCGAGCGACUUGAGUAAGUAUAUCCGGGCCGGCCCCAAGCUCGACUAUGUGAAGGUUCGGGACUUUGCCGCGGGGCGCUUGGCGUGGAAGGAUGACGAAGAGAUGGAGAAGCGCAUGAGGUCAAAGGUCGUCGGCGGGAAUGCGACACAUUCCAGUGGUGUGCGGCGGCUAUGGCAGAUGGCCAGCGCGGCCGGAGCCGUUGUCAUGUUGUUUUCCGCCGCUUGGGUGGCGCGCUGUAUUCCGGGAAUCAAGCUAGAAUCGGACUAG